AUGAUUGCCUGCCUACCAAGAUCACCUCGCACCGCAAAACAGCGUGGAUCCGUCACCGCCUGCGGGACACGUGACGCGCUGUUGCCCGAAGUCACGCCCAGGCGCACAGUCCACUUCCUGGGCCGCCGGAGUCCCGCCGGCCUAGCGCGACGCUAA